GGUAUUCCGUGCCCUCAGUAACCAAUUGGCCUAAUCAGCUUCAACGCGUGAAUUCUGCCUGUAGUUCCCGCGUUUAUUGAAGAAAGUGACUGCAGAUUUUGGUUUUGUUAAAUAUGGUACUCAAGCUUGCACAGUUCGCCGGCCGUGCUAUCGGAGGACGUUGUUAUUCCACAUCCGGUAAACGAAAUGAUGUCGUGAUCGUUGCGGCCACUCGCACCCCCAUCGGUAGCUUCCAGAGCAGCUUGUCUUCGUUGUCGGCAAGUCAGCUCGGGGCGGUAGCUGUCGAGUCGGCCGUCAAACAGGCGAGAAUCGCCAAGGAGGACGUUCAGGAAGUUUACAUCGGUAAUGUGAAUGCGGCCGGUUUGGGACAGGCGCCGGCUCGUCAGGCAGUCAUCUUUGCCGGACUCCCAAAGUCAACUAUCUGCACGACGGUGAACAAGGUGUGCUCGUCGGGUAUGAAGAGCGUUAUGCUUGGUGCACAAACGCUCAUGCUCGGGCAACAGGACGUGAUUGUGGCCGGAGGUAUGGAAUCGAUGUCAAACGUACCGUACUACUUGAAGCGCGGCAGUACACCGUACGGAGGAGUCAAUCUGAUUGACGGUAUCGUGUUUGAUGGGCUUACGGACGUAUACAACAAAUUCCACAUGGGCAACUGUGCGGAGAACACUGCCAAGCAGAUGGGCAUUACGCGCAAGGAUCAAGAUGAAUUUGCCGUCAACAGUUACAAGCGUAGCGCCGCGGCUUGGAGUGCAAAGGCGUUCGAUGCGGAAAUAACACCGGUCCGAAUUGCUGGCAAACGGGGCAAACCAGAUAUUGUCGUGUCAGAAGACGAGGAAUAUAAGCGCGUGAAUUUUGACAAGUUUGGGCAGUUGGCGACGGUUUUCCAGCGCGAAAAUGGAACCGUGACAGCGGGUAAUGCUUCCACUUUAAACGAUGGUGCAUCUGCCGUCGUUCUGAUGACCGCCGAAGCGGCGGAGCGCUUAAAAUGUAAGCCCUUGGCACGUAUCGUGGGUUUUGCCGAUGCUGAAACGGAUCCAAUCGAUUUCCCCAUUGCUCCGGCUUUGGCAGUGCCGAAGCUACUAAAACAGACGGGUGUACGCAAAGAAGAUGUUGCUUUGUGGGAAAUUAAUGAAGCAUUUUCGUUGGUUGUUGUUGCUAAUCAGCGAAAACUCGACAUCGAUCCGGAGAAGGUUAACGUUCACGGUGGAGCAGUUUCGCUGGGCCAUCCGAUCGGAAUGUCCGGAGCCCGCCUGGUAACCCAUCUUACCCACGCUCUAAAGGCUGGUCAAGUUGGAUGUGCAUCGAUUUGCAACGGUGGUGGCGGCGCGUCUUCGAUCCUGAUCGAAAAGCUGUAAGCAUUGGAAUCGGUAUACUGUACAAUGAUUUUUGUUACAAAUUACCUCAUAUCCGCAAAAGUAUGCGAGUGAAAAAGAAUGUGCAUUUACUAGAGAAUAGUUGGGUCGGGAUUAAUCUACAGUCUCAGACAAACAAAACGUAUAUUUUGCUAUGCUACAAGCGGUUUUAAAUUUCAAUAAAAUUGAACUUG